AGUUAUUACACUUCCUGUGUAAAUGCUCGCAUGUAAAAAAAUGUUCACUUUCAGAAUUUUUGCAAAUAGAGCAUCGAGUCAACAUUUAAACAAGGCUUUAAGACAAUGUAGUGUUUUGAAGGGAUGUAAUUCACAGAUCAGGAAGAUUCAUACAACUAGACAAUGCAACAGGCUAGCAUCUGGUAAACUGCAGGAAUUACAGUCGGAAUUUAAUCUGCAGAUUAAGAUGGAAAAAGAUGAAGAAUACCCUUUUGAUGACUUUGAGGAUCAAGCGUUGACAAGUCCAGAUUUCUUUGAAGUAAAGAAUAUGGUUACCUUACAUGAUUUAUUUGAUGCCAGAGUUCAUUUUGGUCACAAAUCAGGAUGUAGAAAUGAAUACAUGACAGAUUAUUUGUUUGGAUCACGACUUGAAGUUGAUAUUUUCGAUUUAGACCAAACUUUACCAUUGCUCCACGAUGCAUUAAAUUUCAUGGCUCAUAUUGCUUACAGGAAAGGUGUUAUUCUAUUUUUAAGUAGAAAUCUACAAAACAUGCAUCUGAUUGAACAAACAGCUAAGGAAUGUGGAGAGUAUAGCCACUGUCGUAAAUGGCAGGAAAAUCUGUUUACUAAUUCGGUCCGACAUUAUCGUAGUGAGAUAAGAAUACCCGACCUUUGUGUUAUAUUUAAUACUAAAGACACUACAGUGGAACAACAUCAGGUAGUCAGUGAAAGUGCUAAAUUGUGCAUACCUACUAUAGGUAUUGUGGACUCUGACUGUGAUCCUCGCCUUAUAACAUUCCCUGUACCAGGGAAUGAUGAUACACCAGCUACUGUUCAGCUAUACUGUAGACUGUUUAAACAAGCUAUCCUCAAAGGUAAAGCAGCCAGAGCCAAAGCAGAGAAACAGAAAAAUAAUGUGAAAAACUAGAUAGCAUUGAUAAAUAAAAGGUUAUUGUAGUGGAUCUUA